AUGAACAAACAUGUCAUAUACGAAGCGCAUGAACCAACCGGGCCCUCCGAGUUAAUGAGACGUUUGACGUCUACCAUUACCGCUAUCGUCAGACAAAAUCCUCAAUUGGACGUCGAAACCAUCGAGGAUACUCCAUUUUGGGAGACCGCUGGUAUAUUGCUCUCUGAACAACGUGUUAUGCGAGUUGACGCGCCUGCUACUAAUUCCGUUUCCCACCGUUGGGUUUUCCUUGCCCGGGAACACCCCGACGGGCUCGAGCACACUCUACAGGUGCUUGCAGGACAUCCUGCUCUUUUAAAUCACUACCUUUUCGCAAAAUAUAUUGCAGUGUUCAAAUUUGAGGAAUCAAAAAUCCUUUUCCGGUCUUUUCACGGCUGCCGUAGCCCAUUCUUCUUAGGAAGGAGCGAUAUCCGCCCGGUAGACCUAAAAACAGUAGUUGGGAGUCAAUUCAUUGAAGGUGACAAGAGUCGCGCUUUCCGUGGCGUGGUGAAUGAAUUAGCUAAACAGCUUACAGAGUAA